UUUGUUGCCAACAACCCUAUCAUAAGCCUCCGUCUUCUUGAGAAAGAGUUUUAGGGUUCUUACCCUUGGUGGUGUGUUGAAGUGAAGAAGAAAUGUGAACUCUUUGGUGCAAUUGGUGGACUGAUGGUGGGAAUUCAUAGAGCUUCUCCCUUAGCAUAUUCUUGGUGGUUCAUAUAUGGAUUUCCAGAAGUCUUCAUUUGGAGGAGAACUUUAAUGCCGAUAAAGAAGUUAAAUGUGGAUUGUACGGCGUCAUUAAAGGAUGAUGUAUGUCUCCACGAAAAUAUCUCACGGAUGGAUGUUCAUAAAUAUUUUAAAGAGGAUGAAGAAACCAAUACUAAUAAAAGGAAGAUAGGACCAAGGUUCAAUCUGAACAAAAUCACCCAGACGACGAUGAUGAGGAUGAAGAAGAUGAUGCUGGUUGCCAUAAGAUAAUGGUGGUUGAAGAUGAAGAUGAAAAUGUAGCAUCUCGUUUUUCGAUCAAUUAUCUAGAAAUAUUAAUUAAUAAAUAUUAUGAUUAUUG